GAAUUAAGCAUUCGAGCGAAGAUCAUACAUGACAAUCACACACACGAAGCCCUUCACAAUAGUGGAUCUACCAAUGUACUUACUAUACCGGUUGCGAACCGUGAAAUCUAUAAUGACCAAAUGUAA